CAAGAAAGGUGCUUGAAUAGCUGACCAUCAUUACAAUCCUAAAGUAGCAUAAGACAAUUAGUUGGAUUACCCGAGUUAUUUGGUGGGUGCAGCAGUUCUAAAAAAUGCGGUUCCUUAGGGAUCAAAUUAAAAUAAAAAAUUCCAUGAAAAAAGCCCCAUAUGUAUAAGAUCCUAGGGUGGGGGGUGCCUGAGGAGGCCACAGUCGACAGAGCACCAUUAAAGAUCCAAUGGUAUGAGGGCGAAGCCGGCCUCGACUAGUCACCGUCGAUGACGCUGACUGGGAACACUGUAAAGAUGAUAGCUAAAAGGUCACAUUAUUAGAGGAGAGUACUAAUGAGUUUUUUUUCCUCUGAUUCGAGCGUAUUUUUCACCAAUAUAUCGAUAUAAAUGUAGUGUUCACAUUUUAAAGCACUUGCCAUAAGACAAUCCCAUUCCCAUUUCAUGAAUCGGGAUGUUAUGCGUCCUAAGUAACAUUUUUCCAAAAGAUCCAUUCAACUCCUUUGAGUAUGGCUGUUUGGAUUAGCAAUGAAUCCUCAAAUGGCUACUUAACAAAAUUGAACUUCAAAUUAAGUGGCAACCCAACAAAUAAUGAGGCAGAGUACGAAGUACCAUUUUGAAAAAAUUACUCUUAAGAGCACCAUUUAAUAGUUCUUUGGAUUCUAAGUUGAAUUACAAAUUUUUAGAAAAUCCGAAGUAUAUGUCAUAUGGGGAAAAUCAAAACAUAUUCAUGUUAUUUAUUCAUAGACACUGAAUUCAUCUAUUUAUUUUCUUCGUGGGAAAGUUAGGUCCAAACUCUAAGUUCAUUCAUUCAUUAGAAUUUGUAUACAUCUAUUUGGUUUAUAGUUAUUAGUUAUUUCGUUUCAUUUAUACAUCACUUAUACAUACAAUUUUGUGUUGCGUAGGUUUGUUUUAUUUCUCGAUCGCCGAUCUAAAUGGCAGGAAGCUCAAGCAGUAAUCCAGUCACGGUAUUUUUACAUAUAGGAGGGAACAUCAUAACCGCAUUAGAUGGUGUUAGGUAUAGUAGUCGGCCAGUUCGACUUAUUCGAAUUGGCCGUAGGUGUAAAUUAAGUAAAUUAUAUACGAAGAUAUAUAAAUAUUUGCAUAUCGAUCCAGAUCAAUAUGCAUUGCGGGUGACCGCAAGAUACCCUGUGCGAGAGUUAAAUAAUACAGCGUUCUACGAGACUGUUCCGAUAUCAGAUGAUUAUGGGUUGCGUAUUGUAUUGGACGCACACUGUGUCGGUGAGACAUAUUUGACGAUGCACUUGUAUGUCGAGACUAUUCCUCAAGUGGGUGUAAUUGCAGUUGGGCAACCAGAUGAGCCCGCGGAGCAAUUGGGUGAAGUCGGUGAAGACACCGAACAAACACAUCAGGUCGAUGUUGGUGGGGAGGUUCGUGCUAUGUCCACGGUCGAUUUUAAUCAAUAUCCGGGAUCGUCAUUCCAGCCGUCGGAUUACGAAGCACCUGUUCCUCACACGUUUCCGCAGGGAGGUUGCGAAGACGUCCCGAGUGCAGUACCAGCAUCGUUGUUUGCCAUUGCGAACGACGCAUUGGACGAGGGCAUGAACAUUACAAAUGAUGUUCAUAUUGAAGACGAACACAUGCACGAGUAGGAAAUGGGUGAAGGGUUAAAUGAUGUUCCCGAUGAUGUGAACUUACCUCACCAUGACACGGACGACGCAACGUUUGACGCGCAAUUCAUCGGCGAGCUUCCGAUGUACGGUCAAAUUGACCUAAGUGCUACAGAUUUAACUGCGGUCGAUGAGCUUCCCAUACACGUCACUUGUUGGGAAGAAUCCUCUGAGUUGAGUAAGGGGAUGCUCUUCGGUUCGAAGGAUCAGCUGAUCGCCGCAGUGCGAAUAUAUCACGCUCGCACGCACCAUGACUUCCAUGUGGUGCGAUCUACUCCUGAGUUAUGGGUUGCUAGGUGUAAGGACCACGCUUGCGCGUGGAGAUUGCGUGCCAUGUAUCGGAUGAUACAUCGUUUUUUCGAAAUCACCCAAUAUAGUGGUCCGCAUACGUGUCUGAAUGAACUUAUAUCGCAGGACCAUAACCAAAUCACGUCGGCCCUCAUUGCUGGGGAGAUAGUGACUAUGAUCAGGGGAGAUGCGUCGACGUCGAUCGCUACAUUGAAGGAGUUCAUUGAUCGUCGAUUCGGGUAUUCAAUAUCUUAUAAGAAGGUUUGGUUGGGCAAACAGAAGGCAAUAGCCCAAGUCUUCGGUGAUUGGGAGAAAUCGUAUGAAACGUUACCGAAGUGGAUGGAAGCGAUGCACGCGUACAAUCCUGGGACUACAGUCAGGUGGAGGUCAACUCCGCUUCCAGGUAGCACUAACAGCGCUACCUUCAUAUCUGUAUUUUGGUCAUUUGCAGCAUCUAUUCAGGGUUUUCGUCACUGCCCUCCCGUUAUAUGUGUCGACGGGACACACUUGUACGGUAAGUACAAGGGCAAACUCCUUAUUGCAACGUGCCCCGAUGCAAAUAGGCAAAUAUUUCCCCUUGCAUUCGCUAUUGUGCAAGAGGAAAGCCUCGACACAUGGAAUUGGUUUCUGUGUUCUUUGCGUUUGAUUACCGACAGGGACGACAUUUGCCUUAUAUCAGAUCGACAUCCAGGGAUUAUCGCUGCGGUGCAGCACAAUCCUGAUUGGUAACCACCACGUGCGCACCACCGAUUUUGCCUUCGACAUGUCGUAAGCAACUUCAAUACGAAAGUGCGGAGUGUCAAUAUGAAGCGAAUGACUGAGCGAGCCGGAAGGGAGCAUCAGGUGAGAAAAUUUGACACCUGGAUAGAGAGGAUAUUCGACGAGGGUGGAGAGCUAGCCAAGUCGUUCUUCGAUCAGAUCCCUCCUCAUAUGUGGACUCAGUGCCACGACGGUGGAAAGAGGUAUGGAAACAUGACGACCAACCUGGUCGAAUGUUUCAACGCUGUCCUAAAAGGCGCACGUAGCCUUUCCAUUACGGCUCUCGUGCAACUAACAUUUUAUCUCGUUGCACAUUACUUUAAUAGCCGAUGGGAGUCUGCUCGUAACGCAAUAUCUGGAGGAAAUACGUUAACUCCGCAUAUAUUGCUAGCGAUGGAAAGAAGGAAGUUGAAGGCGACCGGACAACGAGUCACGACGUUCAACCGAUCUAAGGGUACUUUUAGCAUCACGACCGCGCAGCGGGGACCCCAUAAAGGAAACAAUGUCCAAACUUUGAGCAUCCAGAGGCGCGAAUGCUCCUGCGGGAAGUGGCAAUCUUUACACUAUCCCUGCUCGCACCUUCUUGCAGCUUGUGCCGAGACACGACUAAAUGUGAGCCAGUUUGUUGAGCCAUAUUGGAGCACUGCCGAGCACUAUGCAACAUAUGCUGCAGAAUUUUAUCCAAUCAUGCAUGAGGCAUAUUGGCCAACUUGCACAUUGCCAAACUUGCAGGCAAAUCCUGCAUACGCUAGACAUAAAGGUCAGCCUAGGAGCUCACGUAUACAUAACGAGAUGGAUGCUCGGGAAGGUCGGAAACAUAUCACAUGUAGCAUAUGCCGUCAAGAAGGACAUAACCGCACAAGAUGUCCGAGAAGGACCCAACCUGGGGAUGCAGCUGGACCUUCGCACUGACCUAUAACUUAUAGGUGAUCCGGGAUUUGCGUACUCUUACUCCUCGCGUCACGACAAGUUUCCACCUGCUAAUUCCUUAUGAAAAAUUUGUUUCCAAAUGUUAAAUCCUCAGACCACUUUAAUUUCUCGGUGAACACGCGAAUGCUCCAUACUCAAUUUGUCUCUGAGCGAUUCAGUCACUGUGACCAUAAAUCGAGAAUAGUGUAUGUUCAGAUGAAAACUUGGUGAGACAUUUUAAUUUGUACACAUAUAGGAUAACCCUUGAGAUUUUUGUUCGUUUCCACCAUACAAAGCACCGGGGACAGAUACUCAAUUCUUAUGCUUUCUAUGUUCAUGCUUUCAAUCUUCUGGCUUGUUUGCAAGAUCGAUCCAGGGUCGUCCGAUACUACUGUACUGUCUAUGGGCGAUCGGCACCGGUCCAUUCGUGUGUGGACCGAUUCGCAUGCUGACGUCUUAUAUUGCCGAGGGGGCAGUCAGAGCGUACAGGAUAGGAUAGGUGCAGACCCUCGCAUUAUUGAUUGGAUACGUGAGGCGGGUUUUUAUGGGAUAUAUCAGAUUGGCCAUAUCCAGUUGGAUUGGCAUCUUGUGACCGCCUUGGUCGAGCGAUGGAGGCCAGAGACACACACUUUCCACUUGCCGCACGGGGAGGCGACUAUCACAUUACAGGAUGUCGCAGUGUUGUUCGGGCUACCGAUUGAUGGGUUGCCCGUCACUGGUCGUACAGCUGGACCAGUACAGGAUGGAGGCGUCGGUCAGGGGGGAGGACUUCGCCGCAUGUGCGAGAGAUUGUUAGGAGUGGUGCCCCCAGACAGUGAGCUUGUUGGUGCCCGCAUUCGCAUGCGGUUUCUAGAGGGGGAGAUGUUUCGCCAGCUUCCGGCUGAUGCUGAUGAUCACACUAUAGCGUGUCACGCACGUGCCCACAUGCUGCGAUUGAUAUGUGGGACGCUGUUCUGCGACCUAUCGGGGAGUUACGCUCACUUGAUGUUCCUUCCACUGCUCGCGGAGCGAGCAAAGAUACGCCAUUAUAGUUGGGGUACUGCGACAUUAGCUUGGCUGUACCGGGAGAUGUGCCGCACCGCUAACGUGUCGCACUCACAGAUCGGAGGAGCACUCCGCUUAUUGCAGGUUUGGGCGUGGGAGAGAUUCACGUCGUUAGCUCCUACGCGCCGCGGUGUCCGACAUCUUAUUCAGAGGGAUGAGGACGGACGACCGAUUGACCCAGCUCCACUCGCGUGGAAGUGGAGGGAUCAGUUGUUGGCGCCUAAUGUUGCGCAACACACGCCGCCCUUGUACAGAUUCGAGCUGGACAUGCACCGGGAGCACGAGUUCGUAUGGGCGCCCUAUACAGAUGACAUUGUUGCCGACCUACCACCUGGUUAUGCAGUUGGAUCAGACCUCUGGGUUGCCCGUGUGCCACUUAUAUGUUUUCAUAUUGUCGAGUGGCAUCUCCCAGACCGAGUGAUGCGCCAGUUUGGCUUUCGACAGGGCAUUCUCGGUCGCUUCUGUACCUCAGGGGUGGAUGUACGUGGGGAGGACUUGCACGAGAUUGAUGGUCGCGGUCGGGGGAACACAGAUUGGGCAGCGGAGCACGCCAUGUACAUGAGUAUGUGGGUACAUAGGUGCGACUACAUUGUCGAGGGAGUCCGGGCAGAUGGCCCGAUGCGUCCGGAGGAUCCAUAUUACUCGUGGUACAGGUCGAUCACACGUCGCUUCGUAGAUAAGACUGCGGCGGUCUACAUGAGCCUCGUGGAGUCGCUAUCAUCAGACCCUGUUGUGAGCGAUUUAGCGAGAGUUGGUUUGGACAUUGUCUACGAGGACGGGCGACGGAUCCCUACCCCACGCCGGACGCCGGCUCCACGAGGUGGUCGAGCAGCUCCAGUACGAGGGGGUCGAGCAGCUACCUCCAGCCGUCCAUCGAGUCCGACCUUCUCACCACCCAUUGUACAUGAGGAGUAUGUGUUUGGGCCGUCCGCUGCUGAUAUUGCGGGACCCUCCAGUAGACCGGCCGAUUAUCGAUCUGACUCUGCCGUGACGCCGUCGAUGUCGUACUUACUAGACGACCCUCUCGAUGCGGAGGAGGUGGACGCACCCGGCUUGCUAGCUCGGACUCGUCCAGAGACUACAUACGACAUAGCUCCUCGUCAGCUUCACCUAGAGAGGGAUUCUCCAGUACGUGUGGGCGGAGACGACAGACAUGUAGCCACUCGACGUGAUCAGACACCAGACGCGGAGGAGCAGCCAGGUGAGGGCAGACACAGACGGCAGCCACCCCAACACCGGAGACGACCUCCAUGCGGUACCGAGUAGCCGAUAUAUGCAGUUGUGAAUUAGUUCAUAAUUUGAUUUGUACAUCAGAUAUAUGUUUACAGUUUCAUUUGUACAUAAUGUAUUUAUUCAUUAUUCAUUUGGGCAAAAUGUAUUUACUAAUGACUUCAUUUGUACAGCAUCUAUUUGUAUAGAAUAUAUCAUUUCUCCUUUAUUUCAA